AUGGCCGACCUUCGUGCUGCCGCUGAUCUCCUUGACCGCCUCUUCCUCCCCCAGCCGUCGGGUAGCCAAGACGCUGCCUAUCGGCCGACCGUCGGAAGCACUGACAUAUGGGCCUGGGUGCAUGGCCUAUUUCUUUUGGCCAUUUACGGUGGUCGUGUGGAGAACCCAUUCGACACUGACAUCCUGGACGCAUACUUGAGACAGAUAUUCAAUGAGGCCCUCCUAACCAAUCGUGAGCUGGGUCCGCUCCGACUGCCUUCGACGGCAAACCGCAAAGUGGGCAAGAAAUUGGUUAUCUUAACUUGCGUAUGA